AUAUAUAUAUAUAUAUAUACUUAUCAUGGUAUUUAUAACAUUUAAUUCAUAAAUAUAUAUUAUCAAUAUCUAAAUAUAAUAUCGUAAUAGCAUUUUUCUUAGUUUAUUAUUUUAAUAACUAAUAUCAUAGUCAGUUUAUCUGAUUCUUAUUGAAAAAAAUAUUUUAAUAUAUUUAUUUAUCAUGAUAUUUAAAAUAAUUAAUAAACAUUAACCUAUCUAUAAUACAAACCAAAUUUUUUAAUAUUUCAGUGUAAAUGUUUAUAAUUUAAAUUAAGUAUUAUACUUUCUAAAAUCUAUUAUUUUUAUAUAUUUAAUAGAUAAUUAAAGAAAAAUAUAAAUGAAGAAAUCAUUGUUAUUUAUACUUCCAGUGAAAGUCAUUUUGACUUUUAAAAACUGUUUAGAAGAUAAAAACUAAAAAAAAACUAUUUAAGAAAGUUGACCAAGGAAAAAUGCCAUAUACAAUAUACCAAUUUAGAGAGGAUAAGAUCAUCUCAAAAUCUUAUAUACAUUUUUUAGUCAAAAAAAAAUCUUGUAUAUAUAUUAUUUACAUUUUUGCUUAGAUGUCGCUUAAAUUUUUAUUAUAUAUUAAUUAAAUAAAGAGAACGAUUCAAUAAAAAUAUGGAGUAGAAAUAAAUAAAAUAUAUUUUUUAGAUAUUCCUAAGCAGCUUCUUUAUAACCAUAUACUUCAUAUAGGCAACUACCAGUGACAUGUUUUUUUUUUCAUGCAAGUUAAGAAUCCAAACAGAAUUAUAUAUAAAUACAUACAUUGCAUAUCAGACAAGAAAGUGAGGAGACACAGAAACAAAACGAAAAUGGGUUCAAAAAGAACAUCGUUGGUUUUAUACAUUCUCUUAAUCUUUCAUCUUCAGCACAAUUUUCCUUCUAUUAAUUCAAGGUCUGCCUCUAUUGAUGUGUACUAUGAGAGUUUUCCUCUCAGAGCCACAAAAUCAGAUGUUGAUGGUUUUGAAGGAAAAGGUCAAGAAUUAGCUGCAGUUACAAAAAAUGGAAGCGGUGGAGGAUGGCGUGGUGGCGACUGUGGAAGCACCAGAAUAGGAGAUGGUGGAGGAUGGCGUGGCGGCGGUGGCACCAUAAUAGGAGGUGGUGGAGGAUUGCAUUGCUGUCGUGGUGGCUGUGGCGGCACCAGAAUAGGAGGACGUAGAGGAUUGAGUGGCUGGUUUGGCUCCAGAAUAGGAGACAGACUGCGUGACUGGUUUGGCUCCCCAAUAGGAGGCGGCGGUGACCACGGUGACGGCGGUAAUAGUGGUGGCGGCGGUGGUAGUGGCGGCGGCGGUGGCGGCGGCGGUGGCGGCGGCGGUGGCGGCGGUAGUACUGGAAUAGGAGGCGGUGGAGGAUUGCCUGGCGGCAGCGGUGGAAUAGGAGGCGGCGGAGGAUUGCCUGGUGGCGGUGGCGGAAUAGGAGGCGGUGGAGGAUUUCCUGGCAUCGGCAGCGGCGGAAUAGGAGGCGGUGGAGGAUUUCCUGGCAUCGGCGGUAGUGGUGGCGGUGAAGGAUUUCCUGGCAUCGGCAGCGGAACAAGAAGCGGAAUAAGAAGCGGAAUAAGAGCCGGUAAAAAAUUACCUGACGGCAGCGACAGUGACAACGGAACAGAAAGCAGUGGAGGAUCACAUGGCGGCGGCAGUGGCAAAGGAAUAGGAGGCGGUGGAGGAUUGCCUAGCGGCGAUAGUACUGGUGGAUCUCACCGUUCAAGCAGCAGCCAAAAUAUUCGAGGGGGAGUGUGCGCUGUAUGUUGGUUGAGUUUAUUGGUUUUAGCUGGUUUAUUAUUGGUUUAUAAGGAUCUAAAAUAUAUGUUGGCCAUUUAAAUCAAAAUCUGUGAUGUCGAUGUUUGACAUUAUGUCUGGAUUGGUCUGAGAUUAAUUGGGCCAUUGGUAAGUAGGUAAAAUGUUUAAUACAUUUUAUUACAUUUUACAGGUAAGUGAUUUUACUAGUAUGAGAACUAAUUUUUCUCUAUAUAUUAUAGAACUCUAUAUUAUAUUAGGGUUGGACCGCCCUACGGACAGGUGUUGAAUACACAAUAAAAGUUAUUUUAUACGAAAAUAUAUUUUUAUUUUGUAAAGCAUUUUAAAAUAUUCUAAAAUUAAAAUGACUAUAAAAUAACAAAUAAAAAUAUAAUUCUGUGAUCAUUUUGAUAUUUUUGAUAAAGAUUUUAUGUUUAAGUUUAAAGUGAGGUAACAUUCACUGUCUUCUAUUUUAUAGAAAAAAAAAACAAAACUGGUGAUCCAACUGCUCGUAUCUUCUGGUAGAUCUGGUUUGAUCUUCAUCCUAACUUGUCAUUGUCAUGUCAAAUAUUGGAAUUUUGUUGGCUGUUUUUGGCUAUGUUAGAUUUUGCAUUUGAAAGUUAUUUGUUUGGUUAAGAUGGAGUUUUAUAUCUUUGAAAUAUUUUACGUAAGGAGUUGAUUGGUGGAGAUUUUGAUGCUUCGAUGAAUUUGAUGUCAUACGAAUCAUUUAGCAGGUUGAUGAAGAUGAUAUAUAUCAUAUAUAAGAUCGUGGAAAUGGUGGACGUGUGUGACACCUCCGAUCGUAGAUGACCAGAAAUGACUGUCGAUGUUUUUCGAUGGUCGAUCUGAGGUUCUUAGAAUAUUUCCGAUCGCCUUAGACCAACAACCAAAGAACACCACACUCCUAUCAGAUAUCACUCUAGGCUUUUCAACCAAAUAUUAUUUGUCCUCGGCCCUCGUUUUUCUCUCGGAAUAUCUCGUCCAGCUUAAAUAAAGAAAAAAUCGACCAAAUAUUUAAGACUCGACCAAAACUAUCAAGGGAAGUUCUUUCGACCACAGGACAGUCCCGUCGAGACAUUAAUUUACCGGAUUGAUUUUUAUUUUUAAUUUUGGUCGAACCAACUCCGAACUGGUCGAGCGGGAUUUUUCUCGACCAAAAUCCUAUUCGCUCGUGAGGGUCUUUACAACAGGUGUCAAUAGAAAGACUGUAAAUGGAUGUGGGUAUUCUGCUGCCUCAUUGAGAAUUGGGCUCGAUGCCAUUAAGUCAGCCUAACCUCAGUGGUGGAGAAACAUCUACAGGACAUCAAAUCAGAAAGAAGAACUUUCGAGUUAGCCAUUUCUCAGAAAAUAAGUUUACUUUGUUAAUUCAACAGAUUGAGAAGAUGUUUUUGAGAGGAGGAAGGCUUACCUUUUUAUAUCUGCAUAUCACCGCCUCGCAGAAGAUAACUUCACAUAAAUCAUGGCUAAAGGAAGUAAGAAGAUGUUUAAUGCUAUGAAUCUGUAAGUAGUUUAGUUUCAAUGGAUGGAAAAGGAGUUCAAAGGAUGCGAUCAAAACCCUACGAAUGGAAUCGUCACGCUGACUACAUCAGCUUUCGGACGGCAGAGAAGAAAGAACAUGAUUAACCCACGCGGCUUGAGAGGUUUAAGUCACUUGCUAUUGGGCUGAGUUAUCUGAGAAAACACAGAGUCCACACACAUAGGGAUGACAAUUGGGCUCUCUCGUCCCGUCCCAUCCCGACCCGCUGCGGGUUCGUCUUCUGGCUGUACACGGCUGGACCGUUCCGCGCGGGAUGCGGUCCUGAAACUAGCUGCCCAAUCCCGUACCGCGAAAUGUGUAGGUCUUCGCGGGCUGUCCCGCAGGACGUCACAGAAAAACAUGAUACUAGCUGCUUCAAGCUGCUUCUGCUUCUACGGUUGAUGAUUUUAUAGAUGAUUAGCUGCUUCUGCUUCCCGCGGUCCAUCAGAACAACAAUGAAGGACGGGACCUGACGUGUUAAUGUGUUAUUGUCUUAACAUUGAGCCAUUACUUCAGCUGAACCACCAUACUCUAGAGAUGGGAAUUGAGAUCAUUAUUUAAAACAAAAAGUGAGAAUGGGUUUCUAUUAAACGUGAGAGUUUCACGCAACACAAAAAUACAGCAAAAGACCUACAUUCAUUCAUCAUCCACAACAAUUAUAAGAUUACAGAAAGUCUCUCUAUCUUCUUCAGAUCAGAGUAUCUCAUCUUUCUCUUCUUUGCUGCUGCUUGCAGUGUCGUUUUCACCAGUCUACGUGCAAUCCCUUGCAAAAGGACAUGUGAAUCCUUUGAUUCAUCUUCCUCUCUCUUCUUCUCAGCUUCGUCGAUUCAAGAACUAAGCAACCUUCCAAAUUAAAUCACAAGCAAUGAACAACAAAUCAAAACUAAGAACUAAGCAACAACAUCAAGCCACAAGCUUCUUUGUUGUCACAUAGUAGUUUACAAGUAAGAGAUGGACCGGUAUAGCAUACAUUGAACAUCUAAAGUCUAAAACAAUGCACACAGGGGAAGUAAUAGAGUUUGUGAACGUACAGGCUUGUGAUUUUCUGGCUUGUUGAAUAUCAGACCUGAGAUCACCAAAGGAAAUCCCCUUCCUCGUUCCCUGCGCUGCUGCCUCUUCCACCUCUCUCAGCUUAACAAGCCUCUGGUUCAGCUCCUGCAACAGCUCCUGCAAUGAGAACCAACCUUCUUCUCU